GUAGGGUCAGCUUUUGUCUACGGAACCAAAGGGGGUUCUGCUGGCUUUCAAAUAUUUGUCUGCAUCUUAUGAUAUCGGUCCCUCAACAAAGGCCCAAUGCUGGGCACAACCAACUCCUACAUAACAUGAGAUUGGCCGGCCGGAGCUUGUUGGUCAAUGUCACAACGACACCUCAACCCACAGGGCGAACACUUGUACGUUUAGAGAAGACUAUGAUGACUGACAGCAGACAGUGGCCUGUAGGAAUAUCUUGCUCCCGUUGAAGCUUGGGAGUUUAUGCGCAGCAAUCUAAGCACGUGCGGGGUCGACAUCUGAAGCCACUGCGGCUAAUUACUCACAAUGCGGGACCAUUCUUGUCGUCACAUCGGCGAGUGUGCUGCGAAGCUGGACUACCAGCCGGAGUCCCGCUACCCUGACAAACCUUUCUUUAAAGGCCCGGAGGCGCCGUGCCGGUUCGAAGCGGAAAUUUAUAAUUGCAUGGAUGGGCAUGUGGACUUCAAGCAGAAAUUUGUUCGGACAGAGAAAUUCACCAUCGAACGGGCUGCCAGGAGAGCAGUCUACGGCAAAUACAGGAACCGGUACACUGACGACCCAAGAGUCCGGACACGCUGCCAUGCAACGGCCAACACACAUGUGGUGUAUUUCGAAAAUCAACUAUUGGCAUUGAAGGAGGAUUCCCUGCCGUAUGCAAUGAAUCCAGACACCCUAGAGACCAAAGGUGCCUACGAUUUCCAUGGACAAUACACAUCUCCUACUUUCACAGCCCAUCCCAAGAUCGAUCCUCACACGGGGGAAAUGAUCACUAUGGGCUAUGAGGCAAAGGGAGACGCCACCAGGGAUGUAGCGUAUUUCUUGUUCGACAAGAAUGGACGUAAACUCGAAGAGUGCUGGUUCCAGACCCCGUUCACGGGUAUGAUGCACGACAUGGCCGCCACUGAUAAAUAUGUCAUUUUCAUUUUAACGCCACUGACGACUGUGCCCGUCGAGCUAAUGAAGGAAGGCCAUAAACACUUCGCGUGGUCUGAGGACAAGCCCCUGACCUUCGGGGUUCUGCCACGUCGAAAUCCAAAGCCAGGAGACGUCAAGUGGUUCCACUACAAGAACGCAUUCUAUGGGCACACCGGCAACGCCUUCGACGGUGACGAUGGUUGUGUCUACUUAGAUGCCCCAUUGACUUAUCACAAUAAGUUCUGGUUCUUCCCACCUGUGGGACAGAACAUGCACACAGCUCCCAGUGCGAAGCCGCCCAAGGACAGCACAAUCAGUCAUUACGUACGGUGGAAGUUCGACCUCAAUGCCACUGACCCCUACGUCGAACCAAAGGAGUUGGUCAACCUAGAUGGGGAGAUGCCCAAAGUUGACGCGCGCUACGAGACCAAACCAUACAGCCAGUUGUUCCUCGCCAUGCACGACCCGAACUCCCAUGAGCCCGCCAUCGGAGGGGCGUAUAACUCCAUUGCGAGGUGCUCCAUAAAGACUGGGAAGUAUCAGUACUGGUCGGCUGGAAAGUCAACAGCAUUGCAUGAGGUGGCUUUCGUCCCCCGGUCGCCGGAUGCUCCCGAGGCAGACGGAUACCUGAUCUCAGUGGCGAAUAGGAGAGACAAACUGCUUACUGAAAUUGUCAUCCUGGACACAGAAAAAAUCCCGCAAGGUCCGAUUGCUAUAAUUGAGCUUCCAUUCAGGCUCCGGGCUGGGAUUCAUGGAAGCUGGGUGAUGGGAAGCGACCUACCUCAAGACAAGGAUCUUUGUGACAUGCAUAGAAUCAGCGAAGAAGUGAAGAGGGAAUUUGGGAAGUCAGUCUCUGCGACAAAUGGACAAGGCGAUAUUGUGAAUGGUAGCAAUUGA